GGAGAGUUUUGAAUUCAGUCUGUGGCCCCAGACGCUGCCGCCGCCAUGCUGCUGAGUUGAGAGACAGCGACGAACCAAAGUUUUAUUUUUUCCAAGCUGCUGCCGCAUUUUGUCUUCACCAAUAAAAAAAGGGACGCCUUCCACACAAUCUAGGUUGCUGUGUCGGAGCUGAGCCUCACUCACCUGUUUCCAACUGUGUGAAGAAAAGUGCAAAGAAGAUUUAAUGAAUCAGUAUUCGCUAGCCGACGCUAUGACUGACAAGGGAAACUUCACAGUUCCAAAGCUUUCAGAGUCCAAUAUGGGAUUUGGAGUGCUAAGUGUUUUUCUGGGGCUCCUCCUGGAGGUUUCAACCCACGGACCACACAGUGUUCCUCGAACUUCCUGGAAACGCCAAGAUUUGGACCUCAUGGAGUUUUCAGAGCCUGGCAUCUUUAACUAUUCGACGCUACUGCUGAGUGAGGAAAGAGGUGCUCUGUAUGUGGGAGCAAGGGAUGCCAUUUUUGAGCUCAACAAGAGGAAUGUGACGGUCAGGAACCAAAAGGUUCAGUGGAAAGUUGCAGAACAUCCCAUGGAGAUGUGCACACGUAAAGGAAAAUCAAGAGAGAGGGACUGCCCCAACUACAUUCGAGUGCUCCAGAUAGUGGAUGACAAGCGGCUUUACAUCUGUGGCACACAUGCUUUCCAGCCUCAGUGUGAUUACUUGAAUCUUGCAGACUUUUCUUUGGAGGGUCGACCUGAAGAUGGCAGAGGAAAGUGUUCGUUUGACCCUUCGCAGAGCUUUACCACCGUCAUGGUCGAUGGAGACCUCUAUUCUGGGACAGCUUAUAACUUCUUAGGCAGUGAACCGAUUAUUUCCAGAUAUUCCCCAUCCCAUUCCCUGCUGAGGACAGAGUACUCCACAUCAUGGCUCAACGAGCCCAGCUUCGUCUUUGCAGAUGUGAUCAGAGCCGAGAAGCACAGAGGAGACGGCGAGGACGACAAAGUCUACUACUUCUUCACUGAAGUGUCAGUGGAGUACGAGUUCUUUGGCAAGCUGCUCAUUCCCAGGGUGGCUCGCGUCUGUAAGGGUGACCUUGGAGGAGAGCGUACUCUGCAGAAGAAAUGGACCUCCUUUCUGAAAGCCAAGCUGGUGUGCUCCAUGCCAGAGCUCAACUUUGUUUUCAAUGUGGUCCAUGAUGUUUUCAUCCUGAAGGGGAGAGACUGGAGAGAGACAGUCUUCUAUGGUGUCUUCACUUCUCAGUGGGGAAAUGUGGGUUUGUCAGCGGUGUGUGCCUACAACAUGGCAGCUGUGGAGGAAGUCUUCUCUAAGGGGAAGUAUAUGCAGAAAGCCACAGUGGAGCAGUCCCACACAAAGUGGGUGCGGUAUAACGGCAUCCCUCCGUCUCCCCGUCCUGGUGCAUGUAUUAGCAACCAACUGCGUCAAAAAAACAUCAGCAGCUCACUCCACCUUCCGGACAAAACCCUUCAGUUUGUCCGGGACCACCCGCUGCUGGAGGACCCUGUCCUGCCCAUCGGCAACGGACCUCGACUCAUCACCAAGGACAUCAACUACACUCAGAUUGUAGUAGAGAGGGUCCUUGCUCUUGAUGGGAACAUUUAUGAUGUAAUCUUCACCGGAACAGAUAAAGGUGUCCUACACAAGUCUGUGGUGUUCGAGGAAGAUGUCCAUAUUGUGGAGGAGAUCCAGCUCCUGAAGAACUCUGAACCCAUAAAAAACUUGCUGCUGUCUUCAGAGACACAGUCAGUGUAUGCUGGGUCGGACUCUGGCGUCAUUCAGUCCCCCACAGCUUUCUGUGGAAAGUAUUCUACGUGUGACGACUGUGUCCUGGCUCGAGACCCCUACUGCGCCUGGGACCCCAACACAGCCGCCUGUGUCUGCAUCCUUGAUGCUCCAAAGGAGCAGCUCAGGAGGCUUGUCCAGAGUCUGAGCGGUGAUGCAAACAAGUGUCCUCCAGUGUCUUCGGUGUCUUUCAAGGACUAUCAGAAAGUAUUAGUGAAACCGGGCAGCUCUGCUGAGCUGCCCUGUGUGGUAAAGUCCAACCUGGCUCAUGUGAUGUGGAAAUCAAACAACACUCUUCUCGACGAGGCCUCUCGUUUCCACUUUAUCGGUGAAAACGGGCUCCUCAUUUACAGCGUGGCCCCCGAGGAUCAGGGUGACUACCAGUGCUGGUCUGUGGAAUGGGCUCCUGCUGCUGGGAAGAACUUUAGCCGCCUUCUUGCUGGAUACACAUUGAAGCUGGAUCUUCCUCCCAGACCCCUUGCCCGGACAAACCGUGUGGCCACCACAGUCCACAACCAGGAGACGAGUAGCGUGCUUCCAGCUGAAGCCUCCUCUAUCGACUCCUCAUCUUCUCUGUCAUCCUCUGGAAGUAGCUCUUGCUCUUCCCUCCCUUCCUCCUCUUCUCCCGCCAAGCCCCACUGCGUGGAGGCUCGGGAGGCAGAGGUAAAACUGUUGCCUCCUCUGCUGAAGGACCAGGCCUGGGGGGUUCACGCCCAGGAGGCCUUCCUGCUCUUCUGCCUCGCUCUGGGUCCAAGCGACAUCCAUAUUCAUUGGCUAAUAAAUGGGUACAGUGUGGACACCCCAGUAACAGAGUACCGAAGGCCACUGGGCCAGAGGGAGGUGCUGGUGAGCAGCUGGCUUAGAGGGGGGCCGCUGAUCAAGGAAGCCCGUUACCGCUGUGUUGCUGAAGCCAGCACAGGAAGUGACACAUCUGACAUUGACCUCCAUCUGACUACCGGAGACGAAAACAUUCCAUCCAGGGAUCUGAACCAAUGGAGAGGUGCGCUUACAGAGCAUGAGCAGCUGCUGAAAAGAUGGGAAAAAGCCUGGGAAAGUUGUGAUGGCCACACAACUGGGUGAGCACGUGUUCAUUCUGGUUGUGGACUGGCCUCUCAGUCCAGCUGGACCACUCCUCUGACACUGAACAUUUCACAAACACAAGUAAAAUGUUUCAGUGUCACCACUUACAUGAGAGUUUGAUGGACCAUGACAUGAAGAAUUCACAGCUCUUGCAACCAGCAGGUGCAGACCUCACAUGGCUGCUGUGAUGGUUUUUGGACUCCCUCCAAACUGGAAGGAUUGGAGUCAGCCCACUGACUCCUUCAGUCUAAGAAAGCUUGUACUGGAUUUGUUGCUGUAUUCACACAGUAUAAGACUGCCAUUUUGAAGUAGUGCUUGUGGGGAAACGGCAAAUGUCUUUUUGAAGUUUAUCAGAUUCUGUGGGUCAGUGUCUCUGUUAAACCCAGUUAUAGUGUGAUGAUAUUCAAAGUUUUGCCUCUUAACUUCCUUAAAGAAGCAGUUUCACUCCUUAAGGCUAUCUUACAGAAUUUUUACUUAAAAUAUACUAAGUUAUUCAAGCCUCAACUAGGAUCAAACUGAGAUAAGAAAUUUGCUAUCUAUGGUCAUACUUUUAUUGCCAGUAUGUCUUAUGCUUAAGCUAGCUUAAUUAUUUACUUGAAUCAAACGAUACUUUAUUAUAAUAUUCACAAUACCAAUACAAAAGUAAACAUUCAACUGCCAAAGUUCAGUGUAUUUUGGCACACACUGAAAAGUUUACCACUUAUUGAUUUUUUAAAAGAAACGUAUGGUUUUAGUCUUGAAAUAAAUUGUUUUAUUCCUGUCUGAUUUGUAUUGAAUAGAUCAUGUUGAGCAACUGCUGGUUUUUACAGAAAUACUGAAAACCAGUAUUUCGGUAAAAACCCAACAAAGUUAGUUUUUACCUUAGAACAAAACACUGAAUGGGGUAUACAUGCUAUUGCAAGGCACCUUAGGCACAAGGCUAUCUAAACUUUAUUAUACAGUACUUUAAUAGAAGUUUUCUUAGGCAUGUCUUGGAUAAGUCCUGUGGGGGUCUGGAUUUUUUUUUACCUCACUGAGCAGAUUUAUGUUAUGUAAUUAACACUAAUGCUUCUUUAGUAGUCAUGAUUUUAUAAUAUAAUCUAUCAAAGUAGGGUUUUUUUUUUAAAAAGAGAAACUUUUACUUGUAAUUGUGCACUGAAAUAUUGCAACAGUGGCACUUAUUUGAAUGAAUCCUGCAGCUCGGCAAGUUCCAACUCUGCUGAAUCACAGUGUACCACAUCAGCAUUUUCCACAAAAAGCAUUUUCUUCCACCUGAAUAAUUUAUUACCCAAGGACUUCUUCUUGUAGAUCUAUUACAGCAUUGGAACAGGACAACUGUUUCCUAGAAUCUAAUUGUCAAAACAGAUGCUGAUUAUUAAAGAAAUGGAUUAUAGAUUUAAAGAAUGAUGACUAUUCCGUAAGGGGAAAAUACUUUGUGGUGAGGCUUUAUUGUUGUUUUUCACAUUAGAAACUUUGCAUUGAGCUAAAGUGCAUCUGGGCAAAAGAAAUGCAGUUGACCUGGACAACACUUCUGCACAAGUUGCUGUUUAAGAUGUUUCCAUUUGAAUUUUAAAAAAGAUAAUAGCACCCUCUUGUGCCCAAAAAAGGGGGAAAAUGCUGUAAGCAAAGAAAACAUGGAAAAACUGAAACUGUAUGACAGCAGCACAAUUCCUUAAGCAGUUUUCUAGAGAGUUCACAUACAAGUAUUUAGCUACACAGCAACCUUUCCACUGGUCAUGUGGGCUGUCAGGUGUUCCAUUCCAUUAUUUCUUUACGUCCAAAUUGCUUCUUGGUAAACAUUCUAAGUCAGCUUUUUUCCUUCUGGCUGAAUGAAGCAAUUGUUGCUAAUCACAAGUCCCUGAAACACGAGGAAAAUUACAAAGAAUAUUUAUCUUUAACUGUUUAAGCAGCGACAUGGUAACCAUCACUCACAGUACGACUUCCCAAUGAGAAGUGGUAGGACUGGGUCAGUGUUUUGGUAGAGGUCUUCUAAAUAGUAGGACAUGAGGCUCUGAAAGAGAAUUUGAUGAAAACUUCACAUAACUAGGUAGCAGUACAACUAAUUUCUACCGUUAUUUUACAAAGAAAGCUUUUUCCAGUUCCAAGGUAGGCCAACCUUAAACUGUUUAGUUCACGGACCUGGUUCGUGUAUCAUGUAGUGGAUCCAACUUUUGGACUGCUGCACUCCCAGCUGUCUCCACUCAUCUUCAGACAUCAAGUGGGAUUUUGGGACAUACUUAGCCAUUUCCCGAGGUAGAAUGACAUGCCUAAGCAAGAGAAAAAAAAAGACUAUUACUUUUAAUAAAACAACUAAUUUCCUUAAUAUCAUGACAAGUAAUAAAAAAUUAUUUUAUACAAAUCUCUCCAGUCUGAGAACUUAAAAAUGUGGAUAUAUUAUAUUUUAAGACAAUUUUUUCAAUCCCAAUAAGACUUGGGGUUGAAUUAGAAAAAAAAUACAUAUACACAGACAUAUAUGUAUAUACUAUAUAUAUGUGUGUGUAUACAAUGUUUACAUUGAGCAGAAUGUGCAUUUAUAUAUAUGCACAUUCUCCUCCAUGUCUAUUUGGCAAAGUUACACAUUCUUUCCAGUCAACACAACCCCUGGAAAAUAUUUAAACUCCAGACUUUUCUGGAAUUUUCCAGACUACAAACCAGCUGUAUCAAGAUGAAAUGGUCAUUACUGCUACCUCAGAAACAUAAAUACGUAGGUAUCUUUAGGACUGUCCUGUAAAGACUACAGAGAAACUUGUGCACAUAUGUCCAGAAUAGAUAAGACCUGGAAAAACUCUGCAGCUUUUCUCCAAUGAGCACGACUAAAAGAUUAAUGAGAUGCAGCUGUGCACGAUGGUGACUUCAGGAACCCCAAGGACUCCUGAAAUAUAAUUUUUAUUGUAUGAAAAUUAUAUAAGGUGUACAUUAAUUCAAGUUUUAAGCCCCCCAAAACACACAAUUGCCCCAUUAAUGUGGCACACCGGUCAAAGUUUUAGAAGCGGUACAGGUGAGUUAAAAAAAA